AUGAAGACAGAUCAUUGUUAUAGUAAAGAGUAUUACAUGGUACAUGGUGAGCAGCUCCAUACAGACUGUUUACUAGGUAUCACAACUAAAGUGUGAGUGUUUUGUUACACCCGUCUCUUGGUCACAUGGCGUUACUAUGAAUGCAUUCAUUUAUGCCAGUUAUGUUUAUCUUGGCAUCAUUGCCCAUGCCAUCCCCUAUGAGAACAUUUUAAAACGUGCGCUCAGAGCCGGGAGAGAGCGCCUCUUGUAGCUCUCAGCAUGUUGGUAAGUAGCUCACUGCAGAAGCUGCAAAGUCUGGGGAUUUCAAUACUGUUUUUAUUAUUGUUAAUUGAUUGUUUCUGGAUAUAUUCUGAAUGUAUUAUCUGAACAGUACCUUACAGAAGCAAUGGGUCGCUGCUAGUCGGAAGUGUCCCUUUAAGUGUGGUGCAGCAAACUAGCCCUUCUGGCACAAAUUAGUGGGUUUUGGUGCUGACAUGACUGGACCGGAACAUUUAGUUAUGUCUAUGAAGCAUUCGUGAGCUUAUUGCCCUGAUCGACCCCUGGAAUUGAUCAGUUACAGAACUGGAUCCUAUCUCUGUUCUGUCAUCCAUUAUUCCAACGCUUUAUAUAAAGAAGUCUUGGAACAGGAUGACUCUUAUCUCAUGAUCUUUCUCUGCUAUUGUCUUGUUCACAGUUUGUGGCUGCGACUUGGCCCAAGGCGGCUUCUUCAUUAAGAACGGAGAGUAUUUAUGCACGCUAGACUAUCAGCGAAUGUAUGGGACGCGGUGCAGCGGCUGCGGGGAGUUUGUGGAGGGAGAAGUCGUCACUGCGUUAGGGAAGACCUACCAUCCCAACUGCUUCGCCUGCACUUUAUGCAAGUAAGUACUGACCAGGAGCUUACACUGAGCCAUUUACCGGAGUCUAUUUACUAAACAGUCAAUUGUGGUGAAAUAAAAAACAAUCUGCUAAAACCAGAAUGAAACAGACAGGUUUUCCAAAUAGCUCUAUUAAAAAAUGUUCCCAUCUCCGCUGUUUUGAGUUCACCACAAUUGUUUAAUAAAUAAACCGUAUUGUUUAACGGGAAGGCUUAUACUACAAAGCUCAUGAUGUCACUCAUAGGAAUGUAAUAUCACCAUCACCACUGCUGUGGAUACAUUGCCAUGUCAAUAUGCUUCCUAUGAUGAAACACUCUGUGUUAGUCAUUGGUGUCACUGUGCGCUUACAAUGUCAUUCAUAGGAAUGUAAUAUCACUAUCACCAUUGCCGUGGAUACAUUGCCACGUCACUAUGCUUCCUAUGAUGAAACAUUCUGUGUUAGUCAUUGGUGUCACUGUGCGCUUACAAUGUCAUUCAUAGGAAUGUAAUAUCACCAUCACCACUGCCGUGGAUACAUUGCCAUGUCACUAUGCUUCCUAUGAUGAAACACUCUGUGUUAGUCAUUGGUGUAAGUGCGUGCUGCAGCUAGAGUUAUGUAAAGGUCAUUUCACAUUGAAUUCUGUAUUUUGUUCUCUGCUCUAUCUCUAAGUUCACAAUUCUUAUCUUCUCAGCAAAGGUUUAGCCCAUUGUAUAUUUAUAGCUUACAGUGAAUGCGAAUAAAAUCUCUCUGUUAUUUAAACACUGUGGCCAGGAAUGUAACUGGCUUGUCAAAAAACACUCCCUGCAGAACUGAGAUAUGUAGCAGGUAUGUACUAUGGAAGGGAGUGUCCCUUUAAAUGACUGCAAUGUGAGCUUUCAUCCACUUCCCUUUUGAUGGUUUAGGAUGUCAGAUUCCCUCUGUAGAUAUUAGUAUUGGUUAUUAUUUAUACAGCGCCAGCUUAUAAGAUACAUACAUUGUUAUUCACUAAGGAGAGACCUAGAGAAUUCUCGCACUUUGGCUAUUUUCACUCUCAAUGUGAAAUUCGCUUAGUAUUCAACAACCCAGAUAAUGCAACAGUCAUGUGAUUAGAAUGUAAAAGAAAUGCCAGAUUUCCACCAAUAAUAUAGUGGGUUCAGCGAGGAUAAAGGGGUAGAAAGCCUUUCAGGGUUAUUAACUAUUAUUGAACUAAAAAAAAAAUAAUUGCAAAAAUAGUCAAAAAGCCCUUCAAAGGAGCUGUUUCAGCAGACAUUUUGCAGUAAUUUUUUCAACCUUCUGUAAUUUAAUGUUUUGGAAUAAGCCCCUAAACAAACUAAUGGCAAUUCAAAGUGAAUUUCAAAUUCUAGGCCAGAAUAGCCAAUUUGGAGAUGUAGCCGACUUGUAGCAUUAUUCUAGUUUCGCUGUAUUUGCCUGCAGUGUGGAAUUUGCUGAAUAAGCCUCUCUGUUCGUGUUUUAGUUGCCAUUAUUAAACGGUUGUUGAUGAUUUGGAUUUUUAUUUUACCGGACAUUAAAUUGGCAGGCGUUUUUUGGCCGUGCUGGAGUUAAUACCUUAUUUUUUAUUACAGAGAAAGGUUAUGAAACCCCCCCUCCCCCAUGCCAAACAGACCAUUAGUUUGCUUUCAAGCUGAUCCUUAGCAGAAAGGCACAGGACAUUUUACAUUUACACCGUAUUUGGCACCGUAUGGGGAAUCUGUCACCUGAACAAACCUUACAUUAAUCACCACAGCAGAACAAAUGUGUGCACACUUAUAUAUUUAACAUGAAAGACCUUUUUAAACAAACAGAUUAGGGAAGAGAAUUCCCAGAAACUAUUUUGAACUUAUAUUUCCUGUAGGGAUUAUGCAUUACAGUGGAAAAUAUUGGAUAACUGACAAAGAGAUCGCAACGUUUAGCCAAAAAUAACCACAUUUAAAAAAUUGUGCAGUUAUUUUAUGUUUAAAGUUUGACUGCUAUUGCUCAGAAUUUGUAAAUCCUGUUAUUUUUACACAAAUCCCAGUUUACUGAUUUAACCACAUUUUCCAGCAUGUAUAUAACUGGACACUUAUUUUAUUUUUUAUUUUUGUAAUAUUUUUGAUAUCCUGUGCAUAUUAUAAAAUCUAAACUCUCUUGUUAUUUUCUGACCCCUGAUCCCAGCACAACUACCGAUCUACCAAUGCUGAAUUUCAAACACGUUUGGUCAGCAUCCAUGGUUAGACAUUGAUUUAUGGACAGUUUGAAAUGUUAUUUUCUUAUUAAAAGAGGUAUUUUCCUUCUUUACCCUUUCUGCAGGCGUCCCUUCCCUCCGGGAGAUCGGGUGACCUUUAACGGAAGAGACUGCCUCUGCCAAAGCUGUGCCGCACAGCCAUCAUCACCAGGACCAAAAGAACUGGCGACGUCAAGCAGUAAGGCUUGUUCCAUGAAUUGUCCCAUGUUCCACGAAUUGUCCCAUGUUCUCAGAGUAACAAUCUGA